CGAUACAAACAGUGAUGGAAAACAUAUGAGCAGUAACAAGUUUGAAUCUUGCUCCUCAGCACUAACAUGGACUAAUCUGUGGGGGCAGUUUACUCCUGCAUCACACAGGGCACAGCUACACCAGGGGCUGUGCUGGGGGUGUCUUUUCUUUUUCAGUCUAACAUCUUAUCCUUUCUUCUUAAAUAGUGCUUGAGAACUUUUACUUUAUAGAUAAGCCAUACAUAGUGGAUACACUCUAUUCUCAAGAGGACUGCUCUCUUCUGACAAGUCCUAGGCCUGCCCUCUGUGUGAGACAGCAUGAAGGAGUAUGUGCUCCUCCUGUUGGUGGCCUUGUGCUCUGCCAAACCCUUGCUUAGCCCUUCACACUUGGCGGUGAAGAGCAUGAUGCUGAGGGAUAUGGAAGACACAGACGACGACAACGAUGAUGACGACGAAGACGACAAUUCUCUCUUUCCAACCAGAGAGCCAAGGAAUCCCUUCUUCCCAUUCGACCUUUUUCCAACAUGCCCGUUUGGAUGUCAGUGCUACUCAAGAGUUGUGCAUUGUUCUGAUCUAGGUUUGACCUCAGUCCCAAGCAACAUCCCGUUUGAUACACGAAUGGUUGACCUUCAAAACAAUAAAAUUAAGGAAAUCAAAGAAAAUGACUUUAAAGGACUCACUUCACUUUAUGCUCUCAUUCUGAACAACAACAAGCUAACAAAGAUCCACCCCAAAACCUUUCUAACCACCAAGAAGCUGCGAAGGCUGUACUUGUCCCACAACCAACUCAGUGAAAUACCUCUUAAUCUCCCCAAAUCAUUAGCAGAACUCAGAAUUCAUGAUAAUAAAGUUAAAAAAAUACAAAAGGAUACAUUUAAAGGAAUGAAUGCUUUACAUGUUUUGGAAAUGAGUGCAAAUCCUCUUGAAAACAAUGGGAUAGAGCCGGGUGCAUUUGAAGGAGUGACUGUGUUCCACAUCAGAAUUGCUGAAGCAAAACUGACCUCAAUUCCUAAAGAGCUACCAACGACUUUACUGGAGCUUCAUUUAGACUAUAAUAAAAUUUCAACUGUGGAACUUGAAGACUUUAAAAGAUACAAAGAACUGCAAAGACUGGGCCUGGGAAACAACAGAAUCACAGAGAUUGAAAAUGGAAGUCUUGCUAAUAUUCCACGUGUGAGGGAAAUACAUUUGGAAAACAAUAAACUAAAAAAAAUCCCUUCCGGAUUACAAGAAUUGAAAUAUCUCCAGAUAAUCUUCCUUCAUUCUAAUUCAAUUACAAAAGUGGGAGUGAAUGACUUCUGUCCGACAGUGCCAAAAAUGAAGAAAUCUUUAUACAGUGCAAUAAGUUUAUUCAACAACCCAGUGAAGUACUGGGAAAUACAACCUGCAGUAUUUCGUUGUGUUUUGAGCAGAAUGAGUGUUCAGCUUGGAAACUUCAGAAAGUAGUCGUAAUUAGUAAUGUCCAUUUGAUGUAAAAUUCAGAAAGUCUUACAUUUGGGAUACUUGAACUCUAUUGGUCAUGGUAAUAUUAUACACACAAGCGAAAAUCUAUUACUGUGCGGUAAGUUCUCUGCCUUAUUUUAUGACAAAAAAUUUCAAUAGAAUUUUGCCAAACUAUUGAUAUAUAAAGAUUAAGAGAAAAGCAUUUAUUGCGGUUUCCUUUUGCAUACAAAUUAGUCUGCAUAAAUCUCAUGCUUAACCAUUCCUUUCUCAGUAACAAAAAAGGACAUUUAGUAUUUAAUAUGUUGUUAACAAGUACCUUCUUUAAAAGGACUGGACUGUAAGUGGAAUGCUUGACUUAACAAAAUUUGUGCUCUAUCACUUGCUGUUAGAAACACAAAACAGACAAGAACACUUAGAGAAGAGUAUAUUAUUCUAUUCUUACUCUUUCUUUAAUAACUUGGGUAGUACUGUAAUGAUUUCUUCUCAUGCUGAAAUAUGGUUUGAUAUAAUCCUAUUGAAAUUCCCUCUCUGAUGUUGACAACUGUUUUUACACUAAAGUCAUCAGCAGUGUUCAUCGCCGAGGCAACAGUUGCUGUCCACCCCAGAGGAGGUUGGGGUGCAGUGCGUGUGCUUCUUCUAAUUAUUACUACGUUGGUAUAAAACCGCUGUAUAAGUGUGCAGUGAGUAUUUAUGUAGAAUCUGCAACUCACAUUGUUAUUAUCAGUUAUUAUAAGCUUUAAAUAGCAUGUCGAGUGUUAUGUUACAGAACGCUGUCACCUCAAGUCUAAGGAGUAUUUCUGAAAUGUCCCUUUCAAAGAUCUUGUUUGGAAAAGACUGGACACUAUCAAUUCGACCAAUAUGUCUCUUCAGAAACAGACGGACUGCAAACUCUGCGAAACUCACCUGGCAUAACCACACAGGCAGAGCAUCGAACAGAACAGACGAAACAAUGCUCUGUAUGGAAGUUAACAGUGUUUCGUGUGUUUUUCAUUGACAUUUAACAAUACAUUCAAUUAGGAAACAGAGAAAACAUUAAAAUUAUUGGUCUGAA